AUGCAAACUCUACGCUCGUGUGAUCAAGUGACAUCAGAGAGGCUCUACAAUUUCAUCCCUCAAUCUGGUCUGCCAACACCUGCUACCACUGGUCUAGUCUCUGGCCGAAACGGCGAGCCUAGUGCUAGGGGCAUGUGGCCCUUGGCCUCAAGGUCACUACUUUAUAGGCUAAUUAUCACCGAUCUUGUAUGCCCUCUGUGUGAGUAUUUGAGGCAUACUGUUGGGCCGGGGGAUCUCGAAAUCGAUGCCGCCGAGAUGGCAGUCUCAUGCCUCCUUAUUGGAUGCACUAGCUGCGACCAGGACGUACGGAAGAUCUGCGUUUUGAGCAUAUAUGAUAACUUUAUGCCGGAAGCGGCUAAGUCUCGGAUCGACGAUAGACUGGCAUGGGCGCUAUCUAGGAUCAAUUGGGAGUGCGUCAGUGACCGCUACUUCAUACCGGUGCUCCUCGACCUUGUCCUCAUCCCUUGCGACUUGUUGAAGCCGGAAGAUUCUGGUGACAGCGACUCUACCAUGUGGCCAACAGAGGCUAUUGGAGAGGUGGUGAAGGAGAUGGAGGACCCCCGAGAGAGGCUGAUGCUCGUUCACGAGGCCUAUAAUGGUUCGGUGGACGUGGCCCAUGAGGUGUGGAUCCAGGUCUUUUCUCAACUGGCCUCAAACAGAGCGGUCCGAGCAUGCCAGUACUUGCUGAAGGAAGUCACGUUGAUUGGCCGUCAAAGUGCCCUCAACCCAAGCGUGCCUCAAACCCUCCUUGCCGGCCUCAAUGAAUGUGAGGGUUGCGAUGGGAUAGACCCUAUCAUACUUAUACAGUGUGCCUGUGAUCACCGCUGCUGGUCUCUGGCAUCCGACGCACUGCAGCAGAUGGCCGUUGGCAAUGAUGAUGCUACCGCGAUGGAAGCUUGGUGGGCUAUCUUGGACCUAUGCCGUCUCACGGGAGAUCCAGAGACGGAGCUAUGGGCUCGCCGAGCAAUGGGUGUAGAAGACGCGGUACUCCAGGCCGACACAUUGCUACUGCAAGGUCACUGGGUUGAUGCCCAGA